AUGGGGAUGUACUCUCUGGCUACCGGAUUGUCUACCUUCAACAAUAGGAGUGCAAUAAAGGUUAGAGUAAUUCGUAGCUACCUGGUACGGGAAAAGAAAGGCUCUGCUGACCUAAAGAGUCAAGAAUUGGUCUUACACGACCCAGAGGGAAAUGUCAUUCAUGCAACUAUACCAGCAAAGAUUGUUCCAAAGUUUAGCAAGGGUUUUGUAGAAGGCAAAGUGUAUACUAUCAAGAACUUUUACGUUGUUUCAAACUGGCAUACCUACAAGACUAGCAUGAACGAAUAUAUGAUGCAAUUGAAUCAUGAAACUAUUUACAAAGAGUUGAGGUCAGAGAAUUUCCCUUGGUUUAUGUACAGAUUGAGGCCUUUUGAUAGUUUGAAAGGUAAUUCAGAAUUAAAUGAGAAAGAGCUCAUUGAUAUCAUUGGUCGGGUUGUUGAAGUCUAUGGACCUCAAGAAAAAAAGAUUGGUGGAAAUAAUGCUAGGCUCAUAGACUUUGUGCUUGAGGAUGCCCAUGGCCAGAAGUUAACCUGCACAUUUUGGGACGACCACGUAAACAAGAUUCAGCAUUUAUAUGAAGCUCCUUCCAAAGAUCCUGUGAUAGUUCUCAUACAAUUCUGUAGGAUAAAAAGAGGGCUCAGAGAUGGUGAGGUCAAGAUCUGUUCAUCUUAUGAUGUAACUCAAGUCCUUUUCAAUCUGGACUAUCCAGAAUUUAUCAACUUCAGGGACAGUCUUACGGACAUAGGAUAUCAAACACCUAUGAGAAGUAUAGUAUCCCUAUCCAGUUUUAGUUUUACCAACACUAUGGAUGAAUCCAGCAGUAAGUCUAUGGAACUAACCACCAUAAAGGAGAUCUAUGACAAUGAUAAGUAUGGAGAUUUGUGGGUGGCCGCAAGGAUAUCGGGUAUUGUUAAUCCGAUUGAUUGGUAUAAGAUUACACUACAGGUUGUGGACAUGAAGGGUAAUGCUUCAUUUUUAAUGUGGGAUAGGGAGUGCCAGGAGUUGAUAGGAAUUCCAGCAACAGAGCUAUAUGAAAAGAGUAAUAAGAACAAUCAGCCAUUACAGCAGAUCACACAGUUAGUAGGCAAGACUUUGCUGUUUCAGAUAACAGCAAAGUCAGAUCACACAUCCUACCGUAACACUCCAUUUCCCGUGCUGAGGAUAAACAAUGACCCACAGAUUCUAAAAGAACAUUGCAGUGAACUGCUGAAAUUGGAAGAUAAUGAUUGCAACUCUAACAUGCAAAUAAGUCUGGGUGAUGAUGAUUUUUUGGAGGGUUUUUUAAGUGAUGAAGCAGAAAGUCCCAUAGCAAGUAUGCCUCAUGUAGCUGUUGGUGAUGCAACUGAGGGACCUGUCAAGAGGUGCUUGCUGGAUCAAUUUUCAUCAACACAGAGUGGCAAGAAGCAGAAAGAGAUCAAAGAAAUCAAAGUGAAGUUAGAGAAAAUAGAUUGA